CGCCUACGAUUCUAGAGAGAGAAAGCAGAAGAAGCAGAUCACAGGGUCAAAGCAGCAGCAGCAGAAAAGAAAAGAAAGGAAAAGAAAGGUAAAACCAAUUGAAUAUUUUGCUAACACUAGAAGAGAGGAGAACCAUAUCCUCGUGAUCAUAUUUUUCCAUUGCAGAGGGUAAUAUUUUCACCCCUAACCCGACCCGACUUGACCCUACAUUCCAAACUAUUAAUCCCCAUCUACCCACCUCUACCUUUUGUCAAACUUAUUUCAUUAUAGAAGAUAGAUAGAUAUUGAGAGAGAUGGGUGGGUGUGAGAGGAAUGGAACAGUGAGACAAUACAUAAGAUCAAAGGUUCCAAGACUUAGAUGGACUCCUGAUCUUCAUAGGUGCUUUGUUCAUGCUAUUCAAACUCUUGGUGGUACUCAUAAAGCAACACCCAAGCUUGUUCUUCAAAUGAUGGAUGUAAAAGGGCUCACUAUUUCCCAUGUUAAAAGUCAUCUUCAGAUGUAUAGAAGCAUGAGGAAUGAUGUUAAUCACCAAGAUGAUGAUGUUCAAGAACCCAUUGGGUUGUUCAGAAAGGACUCACAUGAAGAUAGGUGCAUUCAUCAUGAGAUUUAUAUACACACAUCCAGUCAAGAAUCUUGUCCUCGCUUCAUCUACCACCCCUUCACUGUCCCUUCUAAAAGAGGAAGAACUGAGACAACAGAGAUGCAUGGAUACUGGGAAAGAAGAAUAAAGGGAAAGGAGGGCAUUGGUGAUCACAAAUGGCAGCAGCCUCAUUCCUUUUCUGCUCCACAUUUUCACUUCAAUCCUCCCUUUACCCAUCUAAAAGAAUCUGACUUCCUACAAAUUUCCCAACCAGAAAAUGGUGAACAUGAAUCGUUCAACAGAGUCGAAUAUGAGAAAUCGGGGGAUAUUCAAGAAAAGGUGGACAGGGCUGGUGAAUGUGGAUUAUCGUUGUCACUCUCGUUGCACCAUCCCAUGACCCAGACUUGCAACAGUUCUCUAACCAGUGAAAUCAGCGAGACGCACUCGACGCAUAAUCAAAGCGAUCACUCUUCUAACAAGCGUAGUGUUAAUCUAGAUCUGUCUAUUGCUCUAUGCCUUUGAGACUAAUGUAUGCAAAGGUUAUUUUGGAAAAUAUAUUUUCACUAGUUUAAGAUAUUUGUAGAUUAAAAUAGCGACUUAAGAUGGUAUGUAUGAGGGAGCCAUUAUACAGUUUUCAAUGGUUAAUGUGAUGGGUCUUCUCGGUCUAGUUCAAUAUAUAUAAUGGGUGGUGGUUAUUUC